AUUAAUCGUAUUAUCAAAAUCCCUUGGUUUUUUACAUGCAUUGUGACAUGACCCCUUUCUACUUUCUCUCCUUACUUCUUAUUGCAUUGGCCAGUACUACCACAGAUGCUGCAUACGCCGGCCAUAACUGCUCAACUAAUUUGGCCCCAAACUCCACUGCCACCUCCUUCAAAUCCUAUCUUAACCAACUCCUCUCCAACCUCUCCUCCAACGCCAACCGCGACGCCACCGGCUUUUACAACGCCACCACCGUGGGCCCAGCCUACGGCCUCUUUCUCUGCCGCCGGGACGUCUCGGCCAAUGCUUGCAAAGAAUGCGUGGUAAACGCAACCUCGCAGGCACUCCUACUCUGCCCGGACAGCCAAGAGGCGCUGAUAUUGUAUGACGAUUGCACGCUAAGCUACUCAAACAAGCCCUUCUCUUCCAGGGCGGCUGCCACCUCGCCUGUCCUUGUAAUUUGGAGUGAGCGGAACGUGUCCCAAUAAGUGGAGCAACCAGCUCAGCUCACCGAGGUAUUGGCGGCUACUUUGGGAAGCUUAGUCCCCAAGGCUGCCAAUGCAACUGACAGGUUUGCCAAGGAAGAAGAGCCUUUUACGGCAAACCUGAUUUCUUUUACCGUGUACAGCCUUGCGCAGUGCAGGCCGGACUUGUCCGCUGCCGAUUGUAAUGCGUGCCUUGAAGAAGGGAAAACGCAGUUAGCGCCUAGUUGCUGUUGUUAAGCAACAUAAAGAGAACCGAGAGAUCACAGAGAAGAAGAUAACAGAAG